AUGGUUUUACAAAAUUCGGGCAAAUAUAGGACAGAAAGGUCCGAAAAAUCCGAACAGAAUACAGAAGGAGCACAUCAAACAGGUAGAAGAGAAGAAAGCUCGGAAUUUCGUAUUAGCCAAGUUAUCGAAAAUGAAGCUAUUGACCUCAAAUAUGGUUUCGAAAGAGUUAAAGAUAAGCAAGAAAGAACUGGAUUUCUACUUAAUAUGCACUCGACGGAAAUCAUAGAUGAAGAUAAAAGAUUAUGUUCAGCUGUGGAUUAUUAUUUUAUGGAAGAAGAUGGAACCAGAUUCAAAGUUUCAUAUCCAUUUAUGCCCUACUUUUACGUUUUAACACAAAGGGAACUAUUACAAGAAGUUAUUGAAUUUUUAUCAAAAAAAUACGCUGGUACAAUUAUAAAUGCAGAGGUCAUUGCGAAAGAAGAUUUAGAUCUGCCUAAUCAUCUAAUAAAUUUAAAACAGAAAUACAUCAAACUGUCUUUUGUAAAUCAAACUGAUUUAAUUAAAGUGCGGAAGGAGAUAUUAAAAGUGGUGCGAAAAAAUAGGAAAAAAGACAACAGCAAUGCUUAUUACACUGAAAUGUUGACAAACACUUUAACCCAUAAUUAUGAAUCUUCUGUUCAUAAAUAUAAGAAUUCUGAUCAGAUGGAAAAUAUAAUAGAUAUCAGGGAAUAUGAUGUUCCAUACCACGUAAGAGUAUCUAUAGAUCUUAAAAUAUUUUGUGGGUCCUGGUAUUCCGUCAAAUGCAAAGGAAGAGAUGAGGCUCCAACAAUAACUUUGAGGAGUGAUUUAAUUGAAAGACCGGAGCCUAUCGUGCUUGCUUUUGAUAUCGAAACAACGAAAUUACCUUUAAAGUUUCCAGAUUCAGCUUCGGAUCAAAUCAUGAUGAUUUCUUAUAUGAUUGAUGGACAAGGUUAUUUGAUCACGAACAGAGAAAUCAUUUCGGCCGACAUCCAAGAUUUCGAGUACACCCCCAAACCAGAAUUCGAAGGAAAAUUCACCAUAUUCAACGAAAUCAAUGAAAUGUUCCUGCUGCAAAGGUUCUUCGAUCACAUCCUCGAGGUAAGGCCGCACAUUUUCGUCACUUACAACGGCGAUUUCUUCGAUUGGCCCUUUGUGGAAGCGCGAGCUGCCUCCUAUGACUUGGACAUGAAGCAGGAGAUCGGCUUCGCCAAAGACAGAGAGGGCGUGUAUACCUGCAGGCCAGCCAUGCACAUGGAUUGCCUGUGUUGGGUCAAGAGGGAUUCGUAUUUACCAGUCGGAUCUCAAAAUUUGAAAGCUGUAGCUAAAGCGAAGUUAAGGUACGAUCCGGUAGAGUUAGAUCCAGAAGAGAUGUGCCCUUUAGCGGCGUCUCAACCACAAGUGCUGUCAAACUAUUCGGUAUCGGACGCCGUGGCCACUUACUACUUAUACAUGCAGUACGUGCAUCCAUUUAUUUUUGCUCUUUGUACUAUUAUUCCAUGUGAACCGGAUGAGGUUUUGAGAAAGGGUUCAGGUACCCUUUGCGAAGCUCUUUUGAUGGUGGAAGCCUUCCACGGCAACAUAAUUUUCCCUAACAAACAGGAAUCCGAGCUGAACAAACUAACUCAAGACGGCCACGUAUUGCAACAGGAAACGUACGUCGGCGGGCACGUUGAGGCUUUGGAAUCGGGAGUUUUUAGAGCCGACAUACCGUGUCGUUUCAGAAUCAUACCGGAAGCCGUGGAUAUGCUUUUGGAGAAGGUCUCCAAAACUCUGGAACACGCGAUCGUCGUCGAAGAAGGAGUCCCAUUGGAAUACGUCACUAAUUUGGAUGAGGUUACCGAGGAUAUCAAAGUUAGAUUGUUAGCUCUGAAGAAUUCUCCCAUGAGGUUGGAAAGGCCGUUAAUAUAUCAUUUGGACGUCGGCGCUAUGUACCCCAACAUUAUUUUAACGAACAGAUUGCAGCCAUGCGCAAUGGUAGACGAAACGAUUUGCGCUUCUUGUGAUUUCAAUAGACCAGGAGCGACUUGCCAACGAAACAUGGCGUGGAUGAUGCGCGAAGAAUUCAUGCCAGCAUCGAAAAACGAAUACCACAGAAUCCAGCAACAACUAGAAACCGAAAAAUUUCCUCCGCAAUUUCCCGGCAACCCGCAACGAGCGUUCCACCAAUUGUCCAAAUUAGAACAAGCCGAGUUAGAAAAGCAACGGCUUACAGUUUAUUGCAGGAAGGUCUACAAAAAGGUCAAAAUUACCAGAGUGGAAGAAAGAACCACAACAAUAUGCCAACGAGAGAAUCCAUUUUAUGUAGACACGGUGAGAGCAUUUAGGGAUAGAAGAUACGAGUACAAAGGUUUGUCAAAAAAAGCGAAACAGGCUGUCGUGGACGCCAUCAAAGGAGGUGAUGCUUCUGAUAUUAAAUCGGCUAAAAAUAGGGAAGUUUUAUACGACUCUUUACAGUUGGCCCACAAGUGUAUUCUUAAUUCUUUCUAUGGUUAUGUAAUGAGAAAAGGCGCUAGAUGGUUCAGCAUGGAAAUGGCGGGAAUCGUGUGUUUUACAGGCGCGAACAUUAUAAUGAAAGCUCGCGAAAUAAUCGAACAAGUAGGCCGACCGUUAGAAUUGGACACCGAUGGAAUUUGGUGCAUUUUACCAGCAUCUUUCCCGGAAAAUUUUACCAUCUUGACUACUAACGAAAAGAAGAAGAAAUUCAAUAUAUCUUAUCCGAACGCCGUCUUAAACGCCAUGCUUAAAGAACAUUUCACUAACGAUCAAUACCACGAGUUGGUAAACCCUCAAAAGUUGGAGUACGAAACGCGGCAGGAAAAUUCUAUUUUCUUCGAAGUGGACGGUCCUUACAAAGCAAUGGUUUUGCCGGCUAGUAAGGAGGAAGGCAAAAAAUUGAAGAAGAGAUACGCCGUGUUUAAUUUCGAUGGAUCUUUGGCCGAAUUGAAGGGAUUCGAAGUGAAGAGAAGAGGUGAACUACAACUAAUCAAGAACUUUCAAUCUUCAGUGUUUGAGGCUUUCCUGAAAGGCGACACAUUGGAAACCUGCUACGCCGCCGUUGCACAAAUAGCCGAUUACUGGCUGGACGUCCUCUAUUCAAAAGGCCGAAAUUUACCGGACUCGGAGCUGUUCGAUCUCAUUUCCGAGAAUAAAUCCAUGUCGAAGAAAUUAGAAGAGUACGGGGCGCAAAAGAGCACGUCCAUCAGCACGGCGAAGCGUUUAGCCGAAUUUCUGGGAGAUCAAAUGGUCAAAGACGCCGGACUCGCCUGCAAAUACGUGAUAGCCAGGAAACCAGAUGGCGCUCCGGUCACCGAAAGAGCGAUACCACUUGCAAUUUUUCAAUCUGAAGAAACGAUACAGAAACAUUACCUGAGGAAAUGGUUGAGAGACUCCUCCCUUAACGACAUCGAGAUUCGAGACAUUUUAGAUUGGAGUUACUAUAUAGAAAGGUUGGGAGGCACAAUUCAAAAAAUUAUCACCAUUCCAGCUGCCAUGCAAGGGGUACCGAAUCCAGUUCCCAGAGUGCGACAUCCGGAUUGGUUACACAAAAAGAUUCUGGAGAAAAACGACAUUUUCAAACAGCGCCGUAUCAGCGACAUGUUUUCCAUGUUGCCCAAAUCUUCUAAACCGAACGCUUUCGAACGAGAACCGGUAGACAUUGAAGAUACGGCUUCCACAACUAAAAAAUCUCCUUUUAAAGCGACAGUUGCGACUGUCACAAAACGAAAAAGAGGUUCGGAUACGGAAAAUCAAUUCAACGAAGAAGAAUUGAACAAGACUUGGAGGGAGGUGCUCGGGAAUCCACCUCCUAUAGGUACUACAAGGGAUGAAUUAACAUCUUGGUUAGCGUUUCAAAAGAGAAAAUGGCUAUUCCAAUCGUCACAAAAGAGCUCUGGGCAACCAAGGAAGAAAAAAGCUACUUCCAAUUUGACGGUUCUUAGAUCAGCUGCUCCGGGUACGUUAGGAGAUUUUAUACAAAGAACGCAAAGGGUUCUGGUCACCACUCCAUGGCAAGUGGUGCAAAUUGCACCGACAGCUGUUGCAGGUGAAUUCAGGCUUUGGGCUUUAGUUCAAAAUGAACUGCACCUGGUCAAGUUAGUCGUACCGAGGAUUUUUUACGCGAACCUGCGUACGCCGAAAGUUGCUGAAGAGGGAGCUCUGUUUAAAAAAUGCAACAGAAUUUUGCCAAGAGGCAAGCAGGUUCAUAAUUUGUAUUUGUACUCUGUACCCGAGGAGGUUUACCAAGAACAUGGAAACAAAAUUUUCUUGGAUCAGUCUGAUCCUAACGUCGAAGGAGUGUAUGAGAUGCAAGUAACUCCGUUGUUUAGAGCCCUGUCUCAAAUUGGAUGCGUUUGUAAGGUUUCUAGCAGGACUACGAAUUUGGAGAGUUUUAACAUGGACCAAUUAGACAAAGUAAGUAUCUCUCGGCAACCGUAUCUACAAAAAGAGUCCAUAAGGCAUAUUUAUCUGUACCAUCACAAACACGCGUUCAAACCACAACAUAUGUUCGGUUUGUUCUUGACACCAAUCAAAAAGGCUGUGAUAAUCGUCUUGGACACUGUACGAACCAAUUUGAUGCCAAAUAUGGUGAAUUUGUAUCAAGCAGAGAGACUGGUCAAGAUGGAAAAAAACGCUGAUGACGAUUCACUUCCGUCUGACGAAAUUAAUUUUGAAGUUAAAAUCGAAACUAGUAUCGCUCAAGUGUACAAAUCCUUGCAAAAGUUCUUACAAGCUUACAAGGACGAAAAGAAAGGACCUACUUUGGUUGCUGUACAGUCUACGUUGGAUGUAGGGGAAUUACAGAGCAACAUAUCUGGUUUAGUUGACUUUCCGCAAGUUCAGAUACACGUUCAGGACAUUGAUGAGUUGUACAACGUGAUCGACUGGCAAAAAAUCGGCGCUAGAGCGAUAGUCCGACAUUAUUUGAACAGUGAAAGGGUGUUAGAGUUGAUGACCGAACAGUGCAGGUACUUCCAUUUACCGUUGGGAAAUAUGCCUGCUGAUCCAGCUAUAUUCGGUUCCGAUCUGUUUUUCGCUAGGCAUUUGAUUAACCACAAUCACGUGCUGUGGUUCUCUACCACUGACAAACCGGAUUUGGGCGGCAGUCAAGAAACCGACGCAAGGCUGUUGGCGGAAAACCAAGAGGGUUCCUCGGAAGUGUGCAACGUCCCGGGUUGGUACUCAUCCGUUUGCGUUGAACUCGAUGUCGACAGCUUAGCCAUAAACACUCUCCUCCAAUCCCACCACGUCACCGACAUCGAAGGCACGAGCGCUGUCACGGCGUUCGACGCCUCAGACAUAACCUCGAUCGACAACAUGAUAUCAGGCCACCAAACCACGACCAACUAUGACGAGACGAGCAGGUGCGCGGAAGCUUUCAAAAUUUUAAGAACCAUGACGGUUGCGUGGAUGAGGGAUAUAUCGGUGUACAGGAACGUUUUCGCUGAUUUCCAGGUCAUACAUUUCUACAGAUGGAUGAGAUCUCCCAAGGCAUACCUGUAUGAUCCAGCUCUUCUACGCAAUUUACAAAAUUUGAUGAAGAAACUAUUCCUCCAGCUCGUGGCCGAAUUCAAACGUUUAGGUUGCAUGAUAAUAUACGCGAAUUUCAAUAAAAUCAUCAUCUGCUCGAAGAAAACCACCGUAGAAGACGCUCUUGCCAACGUAGAUUUUGUGGUGACCUCUAUCAGGAACAAGGAGUUGUUUCAUUCAUUGGAAAUUACUUAUCGACAAUGUUGGGAACAAUUGGUUUGGCUUGACACCGCAAACUUUGGUGGCAUAAAAGGAAAAUUGCCCGAUGAAACCCAAAACGAUUCAAAUGACGACAAUGAAGACGAAGAUGAAGAUGAGCCGAUUGUCGCUAUGAAGUGGAAUAUCGCCGAGCUGCUACCAGAGGGCGCUAAUUGCCGCAGCAAUUUUAACGCCGUCAUCGCGGGCUACAUCAAUGCUAUUCACACGAAGUUAAAACAAAAAGAUCGUACUACCAUUUCGGCAGCUGUUCUCAGCCAACCUUCGUUUGGAUUGGCUCAGCACGAAACUGUCGUAAAUUACGCCAAGGAGCUAUUGACAGGCGAGAUCAGUCAGACACUCUUUCAAAUGACGGAAAAAAUAAACAACCGUUUGCAACCCCUACCGGACGGAACAAGCGCAGCUCUCGAAUUCGUAAAAGCAAUCUGCCACAUCAUGGGCCUAGAUCCAGCCCUACAGGAUGAAGUAGAUAUCUUAAAAUGCAAUUUACUUCGUUUAAUAGGAAUCGGCGAGUUUUCUGAAAAGGCCGUCUGGAAAGACCCCACCGUAUCUUACGUUAUCCCUCAAGUAAUUUGUAAGGCCUGCAAUCAUUGCAGGGACAUCGAUUUGGGCAGAGAUCAGUAUAGGUCCGAAUCGGCUUGGUUGUGUCCUCUGUGCAAUUCAGAAUAUGAAAACGCGGAAAUUGAAAGCGUCAUGCUGAACGUUGUUAAUAAGAAGUUGUUGACGUAUAAUUUGCAAGAUUUGCAAUGCAAGAAAUGCGGACAAAUUAAAAUGGACAAUAUACAAAAGCAUUGCACGUGUUCGGCUGAUUUUAAGUGCCUGGUAUCGAAGACUGAAAUAAUAAAAUUACUUGAUACGUUUCUGUCGUUAGCGGAAAAAUUCAAUAUGCCCGCUUUGUCUGAGACCGUCAAGCAGAUUCUGUUUUUGACUUAG